UCUUGUAAAGAAGUUGCUGACUGAGCGGAGUUGUAUCAAAUAAUUUUUUUUUAUGCAGUGCUCCCCCUGAAACAUCUCAAAACGGCGUCUAUUGAUUCCCGUCCUCUUCACAGAGGCUCCCCAAUGGCUUCCCCUCAUAGGAACUCCCCUGUAUCCUUUGCACAUAGCCCUUACCGAGGUGACAGUGAGAGCAGCAUUGUAAGACGUCAAUAUCUUUUUGCUGAUGUUGCGCACAGUAAGGAUCUGGUUACUGCCCUGAAGUCAUUGCGUGGAGAUGAAGACCUGUGUGAUGUAGUACUGAAGGUGGGCAGUACCAGUAUAUCAGCUCAUAGAGUUAUUUUGGCUGCAAGUAGUCCCUAUUUCAAAGCUAUGUUUACUGGAGACCUUUCAGAGAGUCGACAAAGCACAGUUACUUUACAAGAACUUGAUGAAAGUGCCAUGGAAGCUAUUGUGGACUUCUUCUAUAGUGGUGAAAUUGAAAUAUCAGAGAGCAAUGUCCAAGAGCUUUUACCAGUGACUUGUAUCCUACAAGUGCAGUCUGUACAAAAAGCAUGUUGUGAUUUCCUCGAAAGACAGCUGAGCUCAGAGAAUUGCCUUGGGAUCAGUGCCUUUGCGGAUCGUCAUAAUUGUACAGAUUUGGUGACGUCCUCGGAAUCAUUUGCCCGAUAUCACUUUCUUGAUGUUGUUCAGAGUGAGGAGUUCAUGGAAAUAUCCUCCAGGCAGCUGACACGACUUUUGCGUGAUGAUGACUUGAACACUCAGUCUGAAGAAAGAGUCUUUGAGGCUGUAUUAGCUUGGAUCAAGUUUGAUGUGGAUGGGAGACAGAAAUUUGCCGCUGAAAUCCUGAGCAAUGUGCGGUUUCCUAUGCUGUCUCCGGAGUUCUUAAUGGAUCGAGUUGCAACUGAGGAAAUUGUUAGAAACGAGAGAACUUGCAGCGAUCUCUUGCUGGAAGCUGCCGAAUGCCUUCUCCUCCCGAAAAGGAAAUCACAGGUACACAGUCAUCGCGUUGCCCCCAGGAGACCUACCACAGUAAACCACGUGUUGUAUGCUAUUGGCGGAAUGAGUCGUAGGGAGGCCAGUAAAAGUGGGGAGAAGUAUGACCCACGAGAGAGAAAAUGGAAAACUAUCGGUGACAUGAACAUUUGCCGCUGGGGUGCUGCGGUAGGUGCUUUGGGUCCAUUUCUUUACAUCUGUGGUGGUAGCGAUGAUGCAUCGCGGCUGGAGACUGUGGAAAGGUUCGAUCCGUUUUCUAAUGUCUGGGUACCGUCUGUCCCCAUGUCGUCGAGUCGUAAUGGUGUUGGGGUAACGGCAGGAAAUGGGAGAAUUUACGCUAUAGGUGGUUUUGAUGGCUCGAUGCCGCUGAACACAGCCGAAUACUAUGACCCCAAGAAUGGAAAGUGGAUGGAGAUUGCUCGUAUGAACCAGUGUCGGUUUGGUGUGGGGUGUGCUGUGAUGAAUGAUGUAGUGUAUGCUGUUGGAGGCUCAGAUGGAACAAAUCUUAGAACUGUGGAAAGAUAUGAUCCAGUCACGAACACAUGGACAAUCGUCGCUUCCAUGAGCACAGCAAGAAAACAAGUAGGCGUGGCUACUCUAGGAGGGUAUCUUUACGCCAUCGGAGGUUGUGAUCACGGCCAUAGGUAUGACACAGUGGAGAGGUACGAUCCUGGUAAGGAUGAAUGGGUGCCUGUUGCAUCAAUGAGUACUCCACGGAGUGGAUGUGGAGUAGGAGUCCUGGACGGCUUUAUUUAUGUGGUUGGAGGAUACGAUGGCACUUCGUAUCUUAGUUCAGUUGAAAGGUAA